UGUUCGUGGAAAAAGUGCUGAAGAGGCUUUUCCCUAGUGCUCCCUGUGGCCAAGAGAAGAGGGCGCCAGUGACUGCAGCUUCUGAAAAACCGGCCCAGAGGGCGGCCACGGAGGAGCUCAGGGGCAGCCGUGCCCCCACCUUGACAGGUGGAGACCCCGAAGUCUUUCCUCAGAGGCGGCUCUACACUGUGAGUUUGCCUCCUGAGGGCUACGCCCCAGCUCCCCCAGAGCCGCAGGCCAGCCCGGCCUCCGACGACAGCUCAGGCAGCGAUGACCCAGGAGGAGAGUGCCACCUCUCAGAUCAGGAUCCUCACAAUCAACCAAAGAGAAGAAGAGCUAGGAAGCAUAAAUCAAAGAAAAAUUUUAAAAAUCCCACUAAUAUUCAUGGAGAACAAGAAGAAUUAGAGAAACAGCAGAGUCUUUUGCAAGAAAAAUUGCAACCACAGCGCACAGAUGGUCCCACAAUCAGCAAAAAUAAAAAAAGGAAACUGAAAAAGAAACAGCAAAUUAAAAGGAAGAAAGCAGCCGGCUUGCUCACAAAGGCUUCUGGCGUCAGCUUCCUGUACCAGCCUGAGCAGAGCGGCGGCGAGCAGGACACCGAGCACGAAAGUGAUGGGGAGGGCUGCGUGGACGCCGUGCGGGAGCGUGGCGCGGCCGCCCGCGCGGAAGACUGUGUGGACGCCGUUCGGGAGCGUGGCGCGGCCGCCCGCGCGGAGGACAGCGGUGAGGAAAACCGUGAAGACAACAGUGAGGAAGAUGUUACAAGUACCAAUGAAAAGGCAGCUGGGAUCCUAAGUUUUCUAAAAUCAACGCAAGAAAUUUACUUUUAUGACGGUCUCUGCAGGGACCCGGGCUCGGCGCUCCUCCGGCAAGCCGCCCAGGGGCUUUUCCAGCAUCUCGACAGUCGCGGCCUGGCCCCCUCAGAUGCGCUCCUGCUGGAUCACAUGAAACGGCUCUUACUCCUGCAAGACACAGAAGGACUGAAGCAAGCCCUCGAAACGUUCCCGGAGCGCUGCACGCUGCCGCCGGACCAUGCCAGAGUGCUCCUGACCUUCUUUAACUACUGGAUUGCACAUAUCCUUCCUGAGAAACAGUGAAUAAAAUCGGUGCAUCUAUUUGAGAAGAGCUAGCAUUUAGCAAGAAGGUUUAAAAGGCAAACGUGAAAUUGGCAGAGACGUGAUUCCUGUGUACAAAGAAGAUGGAAUUCCCUAAAUUUUCUUUGCAGCCCAGAUCCUGGGAGGUUUGAAUACCUCUCCGCCAUGUUAUUUAUUCAUGUGUUGUACACAGGGGGCAAGAUGUGAUCUGAGACUCUAAAUGAAAAAUUGUGAUAAAAUGGAAAAUUUUCACUUAUCCGAAAUUGCUUGUCUCCGAUUACUACAUGGUGAUCCUGUUUUUCUGCUUCUGGUAAAAAUUGAAAAUGGACAUUUUGUUAAAUAAACUGCAGGUUGAAGUUGUUAUUUAUUUUUAUAAAGUUUAACUUGCUUUGUAUUUGCAAGUCUGUGUUCUAAGAACACCUUGUGGACAUCAAAUGCUCUGGUUUCAGUA